AUGCAGUUUAUUUUUCCUCUCAUGUCACGUGAGACCAGUCUGCCGACGAGUUAUCCCGUCACGUCUUCCACCACCCGACACCUCAAAAACAUCAAGACAAUGAUUUCGUCGCCUGACGGGCCCUGCUCGGCGUCACUUGAUGCUCGCCUCCAAAAGGCCCGCCCGCAAUGA